AUGCCUCAAACUUUCACCUCCAUCGCCAAAGUGGGCGACUUCAUUUUGAAGACUCCAUCUCUAUCGAAGUUCGUCGUGCCGGUUGCUCACCAGUUUGUCAAGUUUUCCGGAUACAGACAGAUGGGUCUAAGAUUCGAUGACAUUAUCGCUGAAGAGAACGACAUUGUUCAAAAGGCUUUGAAGAGAAUACCUGAGGACGAAUCGUACGCCAGAAACUUCAGAAUGAUCAGAGCUCACCAAUCGUCUUUGACGCACCAUUUGCUACCCAAGGCUCAGUGGGUGAAGCCAGAAGAAGACACCCCAUACAUUUUGCCAUACUUGCUAGAAGCUGAGGCCGAGGCCCAGGAAAAACAAGAUUUGGACAACUUGGAGUUGAUUAAGUCUUGA